AGGCCUUAAUCAAUAGAAUUUAGUUAGGAGAGCCUCAUGAGUGUCCCAUUGCUCACAGAGAGUUCCAGAGCUAGGGUGUCAUCCUCCCCUUCUCUUGAAGGGCUUUUACAGCCGGAGAGAGGCCAACGCAAUCGGGAGCCAAGGGCUUCUGCUGCUGGGGGUUCGAAUCGACCGAUUAAUGGGCUUUCUUCUAAAGGUAGGGGGGGCGUCAUCCUCUUGUUCGAUUUUGGGCAACUCUGUUGAAUCUGUACCGGAAUCAGAGCCCUCAUGGGCCCAGGUUGUUCAAGGUCGGAGGUGCUUCAUGUGGGAGAUGCCCCGACCUUCUCAGGAGGAUAUUUCCAUCUUGGAAGCCAAGUUUAAUGAUUUGGUCGUUUUCUCGGAGGUAGAGUUGCAGAGAACUUCCAAGAAGUGGAAAACAGCAGCUGUGGGCAAAUUUUUAGGGCAAGGUUUUCCACUUGAGUUUGUCCAGAAGGAGUUGAAGAACCGAUGCAGUUGGCGGGUGACUUUCAGGGUCCACAUGCUUAUCAUUGCCUCCGAGCUUAUGGUUAUCUUGUUCAAUGCUACAUUUCCCUGAUUUUGGAAUUGGCUGAUCACUCCACUCAUGGCGAACAGACAGGAUGUUUUUCCUCUCAGUUGUAUGAUUUAUACUUAAUUGGUGCCAUGUUGCUGCUGACUUCAUUUAUGUGCUUGUUCUUCAUCUACAGUGCCUGGCUCACGAGCUCUCAAAGGAUUAGACGGCUGCUCAGAUUUUCUUGCACUAUUCCUCCCACUACCAGAUUCCGCUUAUUCGGAGCAUGUUGUUUACUCCUUACUCUAUGGUGUUAUGUAUUUUGGAAUGUAAACUGUCAAGGUGAUGCUAAUGAAGAAUCUCUUUACAAAAAAAAAAAAAACACACAGGGCCUUAUUAAGGCAGCUUCAGGAGGAAUGGGGUGUGGUAGUUAUAAGAGAGCAAAUAAACCUGGAGAAAGUUGUCUGGUUCAUAAUAUUAAGCAACAGAAGGGAUCUAAAACAUUCAAAUUGAGAACAGAGAAGCAACAAUUCCAAAAUAUAUGCUAUUUUAUCAUCGGAUAGGAGGGCAUCGAGUAGGGUUUUGACAUUUAGAGCAUAAGGCAAUGAGUUUGAUUUAUCACUAAUUGAGAUAAGAAUCCAUGUACAUGAUUAUCACUAUAUAUGCUAUUUUACCGUUGGUAUUGUAUUAUUGAUUUUGCAUCGUUGAAUUUGCUAUACUUGAGAUACCGUUAUUGCUUAUAUGAUUUUUAAGCAUGAGUAUGUUAUGUCAAUAUAUAUAUAUAUCUAUGAUUGAUGGUAUGAUUAUAUGAAUAUGAUAUAUCUAUUUUAAUCACACUGUAAAUCAGAAUUGAUUUGGUAAAAUUAAUAUAUAAUAAUUAAAUAAAAAAAUAAAAAAUAUAGUUUGAACUAGCCUCAUCAUGUGGAACAGCCUGUCAGGAGCUUAUGUCUGAGACAGCCCAUCAGGAGCUUAUGCUUGGGACAGCCCCUCAUAGGCUUUCGUACGUGGGACAGUCAGUCAGGAGCUCAUGCUUGGGACAGUCUUGAAAGGCUUAUAAGUGAAAAUUUGAUCGAAUGGAGACAGACAUGAUUUGGAUUAGUUCAAAGUCGAAAAGGAUAGAAGAUUAUCAAACUGAAGUUGUGGAAAGAUGAAUCAGAUGUUAAGACCUUGUAAAUCAAUGUUGAUAAAGACCUCACUUGAUG